CGACCAUUUUCUAACAGACCAGAAACAUAACCUCAAAAGUUUAGUUAUUUAUAUUUUGUUUGUUUAAUUUUGGAAAAUUAUGGAGGAAACCGAUAAAGUAGUACCAGUACCACUACAAGAAGAAACAUUACCAACGAAAAAAUCUAGAAACAGAAAAAAGCACUUUUACAAUACAAUUUUACAGCAAAUGGAGUUUUAUUUCAGCGAUUCGAAUCUCACUAAAGAUCGCUUUUUGUCGCAACUUUUAAGCGAAAAUACAGAAAUCGACAUUGAAACGUUUUUGAAAUUCAACAAAAUCCGCAAGAUCAACUGCACCAUCGAAGAUAUUCAAAAAGCCUUGAGCAAAUCUGAACUGAUUGGUCUGAGUGAGGAUGGCAAAAAGCUGCACAGGAAAAUUCCAAUUUCCAUUAAAGAAAACGUGGAUCUUUGCACUAUUUAUGUAGAACAUAUCAGAACUGAUGCCACACAUGAAAGUCUUAUACAAAUAUUUUCAGAUUUUGGUAAAGUGGUUUAUGUUUCUAUACCAAAGUAUAAACACAAUAAAAAUAAUAAAGGAUUUGCCUUUAUUGAGUAUGAAACUGAAGAGCAAGCUCAGGCUGCAAUUGCUUAUUUUGAUAGUAUUGGUAUGAAAAUACCUACUGCUAAAGGGCCUGAGGAAUUACAAAGUAUUUUGACUUUUGAGGGAGAACAACAAGAAUUGUUUGUUGAAGAAGAAGAAGGAAAAAUUAAUACUGAUGUUACCAAAGAAGAAGAAGAGAAAAUUAAUACUGUUACUAAACAAGAGAAAAUAGAUACAGUUGUUGAAGAAAAGAAUACCACAAGCAAAAGGAAAUUGAGUAUUGAAGAGCCAGAUAAAGAAACUAAAAAACAAAAACUUACUGAUGAAACUGUAGAAGAAAGUGAAACAAGUAAAAGGAAAUUAGAUUCUAGCCCAGAAGAAACUGAUAGUAAAAAACUAAAAUUAGAAACAACAGAAGUCAAGAAAAAGAAACACAAGAAAAAAGACAAAAGAAAGAAUUACUUCAAAGAACUUGGUAUGCAAGUGCUCUCAAAGAAAGAAUGGAAAAGACUCAGAAACCAAUACCUCCAACUGCAAAGAAAAAAAAUGAAAGAAUUCAAACAAUACUUAUACAAGCAAAAAUACGGCCCAAAAGAAUUUGAAGAAGAACCAAUCAUUGCAGAACCAAUCAAACUAAACUACAUACCAGGAGUUAUAGUCAAGCUCAAACUCCUAGAGCCUUGCAAUGAUGUCAAAAAACUAAAAACUGAAGUUAAAACCACCUUCACUGAAGCCAAAUAUGUUGAUGUGCCUUUACCAGCAGGCAGCGAAGAAGUCUUCAUUAGAUUCAAUACUGCAGAGGCUGCAAAUGAAUUUAAAGAUGCAGAUUUUGAAGGAGAGAAAGUUGUUUUGGCUGGAGAAGAAGAGCGAAUUUAUUGGGAGAAAAUUGAAACCGAUAGGACGGUGAAGUUUAAGAAAACUGCUAAAAAGCAAAGAGGCCGGGAUAAGUUGCUUAAAAGGGCUGAAAGGGAAUCGACCAAACAUAUGCGGUUUGAAGAUGAAGCACUUGAUUUAGACAUUUAAGCAUUUUUAUUAAUAAACAUUUAUCAGUUUAUUAUUGUUUUUUGUUUAUUUCUCCGCUUGGGGUCAAAUUUAUAUGGAAUUCGGAUAACAAUAUAUUGCAUAAUCGUUUUGUUUGUUGCAGGAAAAUUUUACUUCAAUUAUACAAAACCUAUAAGUUUUUUUAAAUAUCUAGGGUUUUUUGUAAGCAAAUUGGGCUAUGGGUGUCUAAUUACAAAUUAGCCAUAUUUUCCUCCAAAUUUAAAACACUUAAUAGUCAACUGCUUACUAUAUAGUGUUACUACGCACCCAAAGAAGAAUUAGGUGCUCAGUCAUUCUCUGCCACCUUUCCUAGUAACAAGACUUCUCAGAUCAUGAUUGUACAAUAUGCUUAUAGAAAGUUAUAGAAUUGACCUCUGUAGUAGUAUAAUUAAUUCUUGUAUAUAUCUACCUCCCAAUCAGUAGUUUAUAGUUUUCAGAAAUUAUAUUGCUAUCACUUAAAUUGAAGUAUUUAUCGGACAAUAGGCGACCUCUGGCCCAAAUUUCUCAAAAAAGAUAUAACGUAUUUACAAAAUUCCCUAUCAAAAUCGAGUAUAAGUAGCCGGGACCCGAAAUUACGAAAACAUUAUUAGUUUGUUUGUUGAGUUUUUGCUAUACAUUUGUUUUCAAAUAUGGCCAAGUUUUUUGCGGUAUUUUUGGCAGUCUGCGUAGCCACAGCUUGUGCUGCCUCAUACGGUUCAACAGGCCAAGGCGGUUACGGUAGCGGACAAGGACACCAAAGUGGUGGCGGUCAAUCUGGACACCAAGGUGGCGGAGGAGGAUUUGGUGGCCAAUCCGGACACCAAGGUGGUGGCGGAUUUGGUGGACAUCAAGGAGGUGGUGGAUUUGGUGGUCAAACCGGACACCAAGGUGGUGGCGGAUUUGGUGGACAUCAAGGAGGUGGUGGAUUUGGUGGUCAAUCUGGACACCAAGGUGGCGGAGGAGGAUUUGGCGGUCAAUCUGGACACCAAGGCGGUGGAGGAUUUGGCGGACACCAAGGAGGUGGCGGUUAUGGCGAACACCAAGGCGGAUACAAAUCCAAAGGAUAUUAAAUAAUUUAAAUAAAAAAACACAUUAUUGUAAAAUAUUUUUUGCUCAUUAU